CUGGGCUAAUGCUAUAGAUUUCCGCAUCUCUUCAUCGUCUACAAUAAUUACUUUUGAACCUAAUGUUGGGACAAUUAACGGAAAAGAAAAGACCAGAAUCGAAGUUACUUCAAAUACUUUUUUCACUGCACUUCCUCCACAAAUGUUUACUAUCGACUGGAUAAAUUCUUUCAAUUUAAACAAAAAGAAUAACUUUACAACUUCAACAUUUCGUGGAACAAAAAACAUCAACAUUAUCUUCAAUGAUGAAAAGAAAUUUUACGUUAAGGGACCUUUUAAUUGUCAACAGACGUUAAAUAUCCGGGUAUUUCACUUUACCUUUUUUCAAAAAUUAUUUUGUUAA